AUGACGGGGAAAGCCGGGGAAGCGCUGAGCAAGCCCAAAGCCGAGACAGUGGCCAAGAGUACCUCGGGGGGCGCCCCGGGCAGGUGCACUGGGUUUGGCAUCCAGGAGAUCCUGGGCUUGAACAAGGAGCCCCCCAGCUCCCACCCGCGGGCUGCCCUCGACGGUCUGGCCCCCGGGCACUUGCUGGCUGCGCGCUCCGUGCUCAGUCCCGCAGGAGUGGGUGGCAUGGGGCUACUGGGGCCCGGGGGGCUCCCCGGUUUCUAUGCGCAGCCCACCUUCCUGGAAGUGCUGUCCGACCCGCAGAGCGUCCACUUGCAGCCGCUGGGCAGAGCGUCGGGGCCGCUGGACACCAGCCAGACGGCCAGCUCGGAUUCUGAAGAUGUUUCCUCCAGCGACCGAAAAAUGUCCAAAUCGGCUUUAAACCAGACCAAGAAACGGAAGAAGCGGCGACACAGGACAAUCUUUACCUCCUACCAGCUAGAGGAGCUGGAGAAGGCAUUCAAUGAGGCCCACUACCCAGACGUCUAUGCCCGGGAGAUGUUGGCCAUGAAAACGGAGCUCCCCGAAGACAGGAUACAGGUCUGGUUCCAGAACCGAAGAGCCAAGUGGAGGAAGCGGGAGAAGUGCUGGGGCCGGAGCAGCGUCAUGGCGGAGUACGGGCUCUACGGGGCCAUGGUGCGCCACUCCAUCCCCCUGCCGGAGUCCAUCCUCAAGUCCGCCAAAGAUGGCAUCAUGGACUCCUGCGCCCCGUGGCUGCUGGGGAUGCACAAAAAGUCGCUGGAGGCGGCAGCCGAGUCGGGGAGGAAGCCCGAGGCAGAGCGUCAGGCCCUGCCCAAGCUCGACAAGACGGAGCCGGAGGAGCGGGGUCCCGACCCCCCGGCCGCCAUGUCCCAGGAGGAACUGAGGGAGAACAGCAUCGCCGCGCUCCGAGCCAGAGCGCAGGAGCACAGCACCAAAGUGCUGCGGACUGUGUCCGGGCCCGACAGCCUGGCCCGGAACGGCGAGGAGCCGGCGCGGGAGGAGGCCACGGACGAAGACAGGCCAGCGGAGAAGCUGAGUCCGCCGCAGCUCGAGGACAUGGCUUAG